AUGACAACUCCCCCCGGGAGCGAGAGCGGGCGCCGGUCUCCGCUCGCCGGCAGACCCGCAGGGGCCGGUGCCGCUGGGGCGGCGGCGGCGCUGCGCUGCGCUUUCCUUGACCCGGCACAUCUCAUUCGCUCCAUUAACGACCCCGAGCACCCCCUCACCCUGGAGGAGCUGAAUGUCGUCGAGCAAGUGCGAGUGAAAGUGAAUGACGCGGAAAGCACGGUGGCAGUGGAGUUCACUCCCACCAUUCCUCACUGCAGCAUGGCGACAUUGAUCGGCCUCUCCAUAAAAGUAAAAUUGAUCCGAUCUCUGCCCGAGAGAUUUAAGCUGGAUGUUCAUAUAACACCAGGAACACAUGCUUCUGAGCAUGCAGUUAAUAAACAGCUUGCUGAUAAAGAACGUGUAGCAGCUGCUUUGGAAAACUCUCACUUACUGGAAGUGGUGAAUCAGUGUUUGUCCGCUCGAUCAUAAUUGCCUGAUGAGGAAAUUGUUGAAAAUGAAUUUUGCCCUCACAGAUUUUGGGGAAGAAAGGAAUGCGAAUAUGUGCCGGGGGAAAACAGAAGGAUGACUAAGCUGCCAACAGAUUGCUUCAACCUGCACUCCAAAUAGAGGAGGAAUCAGUAAAUUAUGCAUUGUUGAAUCUCUUUGCUUGGCUUUCACUGCUACAUAAUAAUUGUGUUAAAUAAUUUAUUGGGAUGUUGGCACUUGCCUCAUGAAGCACAUUGUACACAGUAACCCUGGGGGUGCGCUUUGCACCAUUCACCUUUUCAGAGAAGCAACAGUAUGGGGUUAGAUUGUUUAAAUUUAUAGUAUAUAGUUGGGGGAUGACUUUUCAGUAAAGGGACUCCGUUGUGGGAUAUCAAAGGAAAGGUCUGACUUCUGCUGCUUAGGGAUGGAGAAUUCUAUUACUUUAGAUCUGGUGUGUUUCUUUAAGUGAUAUGGAUAUUGUAUUAAUGAGAUGAUAGAAACAACAGUAAGGACAAACCACAGUUACUUUGCUGAAGAUGACAGGUCCUCCUGUACAGGCUCCCUCAGCUUGGAUACUUGCUGAAUGAUAACAUACCGGCAGUUCUAGCAAAAAUCUUCCGUUCCCUGGUUUUAAUGAUUGUUAGCUGGCUCCUGCUGUAUGGAGAUAAAGUGGGAGAACACCACCUUGAUUUGUUACAAAUAUUUCUUUUCAGACUUCUAUUUUUCCAAAGCGCUACCCCUAAAUUUAGCCUCUGGAAUGCUUUGUAUUAGGACGCAUUCCAUCAGAAACUAUGACCCUUGAGAGCAGCUGUGUUGAAUACAAACAGCCUCAUUCAAUUCCAGGAGAAAUGCCAGAAGCAGACAUCUGUUUUGCAUUCCUAGGCUCUGGGCAGAGCCUUCCAGGGGUGGCUGAAUGGCAUUCACUACUCUCAAUCUGCAAACACUGCAACAGGAGCUCCCUAGGGCAACUGGCUGUGUUGUGCACUAGAGUAACCUGCCAUGUGUUUGAGCCCACAGACCAACAGAGUUUGUGCAUCUCGGGUUCCACCACACUGCACAUACUUGGGCCUGCCCGUGCAGUCCUGCUCCCUGGGAGGAAGCAGACUUCUUCCCAGCUGCUCCCGUACUGUCAUUGCUGCCUAGUACCAGCAAUCUGAAACUUUUGAAGACUGUUCAUCCCCCACUUUCGUGAGUGGGAGGAAAGCAGCUCAGCAGCUUUGUAUCCCAAAGAUGCAACUGAACUGUCCAUGAAAUAACUAACUUCACAAUUCAUGGCAAUAUUUCUUGUGCUUCUUGGGUGGAGCAAUGUGUACCACACACUGGGAACUGUUAGUGAAAAAAAGUUCUUUC